UUGGUGUUUGGAGCUGCGAUCGUCGUUUCUCGAGGCUUCGCUUCCCUGCGGCCCGGCCCAGGGCAAGCUCGGCCUUUCCCUCCUGGGUUCCGCGCCCUGCCUCGGCUUCCUCACCCGCUCUGUCGUGGGAUAGACCUUCAGAAAAUAAUUUAACUGCAGAAAAUUGGUCAAAAUGGUUUCCAAAAGAAGACUAUCAAAAUCUGAGGAUAAAGAAACCCUGAAAGAAGAUGCCUCUAAUGCCAGGAAGCAACCACCAUCCAAAAAGGCAAAGAAAUCACAUGUUUAUUAUGAAGUUGAAGAAAAUGACAGUGUAUUUAUAAAGCUUCUUAAGACAUCAGGAAUUAUUCUUAAAACAGGAGAGAGUCAGAAUCAGCUAGCUGUGGAUCAAAUCGUUUUCCAAAGGAAGCUGUGUCAGGCUCUGAGGAAACAUCCUUCUUAUCCCAAAAUAAUAGAAGAAUUUGUUAAUGGCCUGGAGUCUUACAUUGAGGAUCAAGACAUUUUCAGAAACUGUCUUUUGUCUUGUGAACGUCUGCAGAAUGAGGAAGCCAGGUGUGGAGAGAGCAUGGGCACAUCUUACUCUAAGAGCCUCAUUAAAUUGCUUCUGGGGAUUGACAUAUUACAGCCUGCCGUUAUUAAAACCUUAUUUGAAAAGUUACCAGAAUUUCUUUUUGAACGCACGAGCAGUGAUGGAAUCAACAUGCCUCGACUCAUCAUCAAUCAACUGAAAUGGCUUGACAGAGUUGUGGAUGGCAAGGAUCUCACCACCAAGAUCAUGCAGCUGAUCAGUAUUGCUCCAGUGUACCUUCAGCAUGACUUUAUCACCAGCUUACCUGAGAUCCUAGGGGAUUCUCAGCAUGCCGAUGUGGGGAAAGAACUCAGUGACCUUCUAACAGAGAAUACUUCACUUACUGUCCCCAUCCUGGAUGUCCUUUCCAGCCUUCGACUUGACCCAGAGCUCCUGUCUAAGAUCCGCCAAUUGGUAAUGCGUAAGCUGUCAUCUGUCACAAUGGAGGACUUACCUGUGAUAAUCAAGUUCAUUCUUCAUUCCAUAACAGCCAUGGAUGCACUUGAGGUAAUUUCUGAGCUUCGGGAGAGAUUGGAUCUGCAGCAUUGUAUUUUACCGUCACUGUUUCUGGUUCCUGAAAUCACGAUGAAAAGUAAAGGCCAAACACGUUCUUCAGGAAACCAAGGAAACAGCGAUGAGAGCUGUGUUUUUCUUAUUUUUGACGUAAUAAAGUCAGCUGUUAGAUAUGAGAAAACCAUUUCUGAAGCCUGGAUUAAGGCUAUUGAACACGUUGCACCAGAGUCUGAACAUAAGACACUUGACCUGGUGGUGCUUCUAAUCAUCUAUAGCACCAACACUCAGGCAAAGAAGUACAUUGAGAGGGUGCUAAGAAAUAAGAUUCGAUCAGACUGCUUUGAUAAAGAUCUGCUGCAGAGUACAUUCUUUGUUCAUCACUUGGUUCUUAAGGAUCUUUGUCCAUCCAUUCUAUCACUGGCUCAGAAUUUGUUGCACUCCCUGGACCAGAGUAUAAUUUUAUUUGGCAGUCUCUUAUACAAAUAUGCAUUUAAGUUUUUUGAUACUUACUGCCAACAGGAAGUGAUUGAUGCCCUCGUGACCCAUAUCUGUAGUGGGAAUGAAGCCGAAGUUGAUAUUGCAUUGGAUGUUCUCCUAGAGUUGGCAGUUAUAAACCUAUCUGUUAUGAGGCUGAAUGCUGUCUUUGUGAAGGGCAUUUUAGAAUAUCUGGAUAAAAUGUCCCCUCGGCAAAUACGAAAACUCUUCUAUAUGCUCAGCACACUGGCAUUUGGCAAACAGCAUGAAAGCAGCAGUCACAUCCAGGAUGACAUGCAUCUGGUGGUAAGGAAGCAGCUGUCUAGCACCAUAUUCAAGUACAAACUCAUUGGUAUUAUUGGUGCUAUCACCAUGGCUGGCGUCAUGGCAAUAGACAGAAGUAUAUUUUCAAUUUUGAGCCAAGGAAAUGCAGACCUGAGCAAUGAACAGUACACACAGGUGACCUCCUUGUUGCAGUUGGUUCACUCCUGCAGUAAGCAGUCUCCUCAGGCCUCUGUACUGUACUAUGAUGAACUUGCCAACAUGAUUCAAAUAGUAAAGCUGGCUCCAAAAGUCCAGGAUUGGGUUGGGCAGACCAUCUUUAACGAUUUUCAAGAUGCCUUUGUGGUUGAUUUGUGUGCUGUUCCAAAAGGUAACUAUCCAUUUCCUGUGAAAGCGCUCUAUGGACUAGAAGAAUACAAUAGUCAAGAUGGCAUUGCUAUCAACCUCCUGCCAAUGUUGUUCUCUCAGGACUUCGCAGAAGAUGAAAGUAGAAGGACUUCACAGGAAUCAGACAACUUGGUCUCCCCAUUGUGCCUGGCUCCCUAUUUCCGGUUACUGAGACUUUGUGUGGAGAAACAACAUAAUGGAGACUUGGAGGAGAUUGAUGGUUUGUUAGAUUGUCCUAUAAUGCUCACUGAUCUGGAGCCUGGAGAGAGGCUGGAGUCCAUGUCUGAUAAAGAACGUUCAUUCAUAUGUUCACUCAUAUGUCUUACUGUCAACUGGUUCCGAGAGGUUGUAAAUGCCUUUUGUCAGCAAAUGUCACCUGAGAUGAAGGUGAAGGUGCUCACCCGGUUAAAGCACAUUGUAGAGCUACAGGGAAUCCUGGAAAAAUACUUGGCAGUCACACCAGACUGUAGUCCUCCCCUUGCAGCCUUUGACUUGGAAACUUUAGAUGUAACACCUCAUGCCAGCACUGCAUUUUCAGCAAAAAUAAAAAAACAAGGAAUUACAGGAAGAAGGAAGCGAAAAGCAGGUGGCAACAAAACAUCCUCCCAUGACGUGGUUUCAAAGGAGGAUGGUUCAGAAUGCGACCCUACGCCAUCUAAUAGAGGCCAGCUGGAAAAGGAGUUCAAAGGUGAAGAAAAGACAGUGUCACUACAGAAUUACCAUUUAUUAUUCCGAGAGCUGGACUUGGAGGUCUUUUGUAUUCUUCGUUGUGGGCUUCUGACCAAGUUCAUCUUAGAUACUGAAAUGCACACUGAAGCUACAGAAGUUGUGCAACUUCAGCCCCCUGAGCUGCUUUUCUUGCUGGAAGAUCUCUCCCACAAGGUGGAGAAUAUGCUGAUACCUUCUGUUGCCAGGAGAGUCCCUUUCCUCAAGGGUAAAGGAAGCCAGAAUAUCGGGUUGUCACAUGUCCAACAGAGAACUGGCCCAGAAAUUGUUCGUUGUGUUGUUCAACUGCUGGUCCCAAUGUGUAACCAUCUGGAGAACAUUCACAACUAUUUUCAGUGCUUACCAGCUGAGAAUCACAGUGUAGUUGAUGGGCCAGAAAUGCAAGCUCAGGAGUACCGCCUAAUGUCUUCCUGUUAUCAGAGGCUACUGCAGAUUUUUCAUGGGCUUUUUGCUUGGAGUGAAUUUUCUCAACCUGAAAAUCAGAGUUUACUGUACUCGGCCCUCAAGGCCCUUUAUAGCCGACUGAAGCCAAGAGAGCUCGACCAGUCCUUGGAGGAACUGCUUAGCCAAAGUUUCCAUUACUUGCAGAAUUUCCAUCACAGCAUUCCUAGUUUCCAAUCUGCUCUUUAUCUCAUCAGACUUUUGAUGGUCAUUUUGAAGAAAUCUAGAUUUCCUACUAAGAACAAAGAAAAAAUUGCUUCCCUUGCCAGACAUUUCCUCUGUCGGAUAUGGCCAAGUGGGGGAAAAGAGAAGAGCAGUGUUCCUAAUGACCAGCUCCAUGCUUUGCUGAGCAUCUACCUGGAGCACACAGACAGUGUUCUGAAGGCCAUUGAGGAGAUUGCUGGUGUUGGUGUUCCAGAACUGAUCAACUCGUCUACUAAAGAUGCAUCUUCUUCCACAUUCCCUACGCUGACCAGGCACACCUUUGUCAUUUUCUUCCGUGUGAUGAUGGCUGAACUAGUGAAGACGGUCAAAGGUCUUCAGGCUGGCAAAGCAGCAGACUCUCAGCAGAUUCAUGAAGAGAAGCUCGUCUACUGGAACAUGGCUGUUCGAGACUUCAGUAUCCUCAUCAACCUGAUAAAGGUGUUUGAUAGUCGUCCUGUUCUGCAUGUCUGUCUGAAGUAUGGACGCCUCUUUGUGGAGGCAUUUCUGAAGCAGUGUAUGCCGCUCCUAGACUUCAGUUUCAGAAAGCACCGGGAAGAUGUUCUGAGCUUACUGGGAACCUUCCAGUUGAACACAAGGAUGCUUCAUCACCUGUGUGGGCAUUCCAAGAUUCAUCAGGACAUGAAACUCACCAAGCAUGUGCCUUUUCUCAAAAAGACCUUGGAGCUGUUAGUUUGCAGAGUGAAAGCCAUGCUUAUCCUCAACAAUUGCAGGGAAGCUUUCUGGCUGGGUAAUCUCAAAAACCGGGACUUGCAGGGUGAAGAGAUUUUAUCCCAGAAUUCCCAGGAAAGCAGAGCAGAUGAGAGUGAGGAUGACACAUCAUCCCAGGUCUCCAAGAGCAAAGCAACUGAGGAUGGUGAAGAAGAUGAAGCAAGUGAUAAAGAAAAGGAGCAAGAUAGUGAUGAGAGUGAUGACUCUGAUUAGACUACAAAAAAUGGACUCCGCGUCCUUAUCUCUGCCAGCGUCUUAGCAUUUUGUGUUCAGGAUUUGAAAUCUGUCUCCCUUUCUCACCAGAAUUAUCUUAUUUUGUCCUUAAAGUGAGGGCUUUAUUGAUUCAACUUAAUAGUGAAUUUCAUAGAUCGGCUAACAUCAGAGGCCUGGCUCGGGAUUCCAGUGUAGUAUUCAGUGCUCUACUGCAGAAUAGUCAUUGCUCUGGACUUGGGGAGCUAGUUUUGAAUUUAUUUUGUAAUUUAUGUUUAUAGCAGUUAGACAAAUAAAUUGUUUUAAGUUC